GAGAGAGAGAAAGAGGGGAGAGUGAAGCCGGGGUUGAGACACCAGCUGGUGGUGAGGAUAGAAACAAACAGGGUGCCAAACAAAAAGCUAGGGUAUCAGAGAAAAGUGUGUGAAAGGAUAGAACUAAAGAACAGAAAAUAGUCAGGAAGAAACUAUAAUGCAAUCUUAGUUUUUCCUAAGCUGGAGCCAACUCAUAUUCAGCCACCCUCACUGAGCUCUUUACCCUCCUUUCCUCUUACGGAUUCUCCCUUCCCCUCCUCUUCCUCUUCGUCCUGUCCUCCUCUUUGACAGACAGAGCCACCAUGGACACCGGGAGCCCCAGGAAGAUACAGUUCACCGUUCCCCUGCUGGACACCCACCUGGACCCAGAGGCAGCAGAACAGAUCAGAAGACGCAGACCCACACCUGCCACUUUAGUGGCAUCCAGUGAUCAAUCAUCACCUGAAAUAGAUGAAGAUCGUCUCCCAAACCAGUUGUACAAGGCAGCCUUGUUAAACUCCCCUCGACAACGGCGAAAAGGGCCAAAGGGAACACCUACAAUGAAAGAGCUGCAGUUCAUGGUAGAGCAUCACCUGUACAGGCAGCAGCAGGGAGCCGGGGACGAUUGCUCCUCAGAGAGCUGCCUGUCGGACCGGCCCAGCCCCGACUCCUUUCCCCCCGGGGAGGAGCUCCCACACGAUGAUGAGGCCACUGCAGAGGCCUUUGAGAAACUGCGCUGCCAAAUGGAGGAGUUCUCGAGGGAAAGUCUAUUAGAAGCUGCUGGAGGGCUCGAGUGCCCCCUCUCCCAGGAGAAGGAGGAUUGCUCCAGCAUUGCCAACGUAGCAGAUCCCUCAUCGCAACAAAACAACGCACCAGACACAAAAGCAGCAACAUCCAGUGUGAAUCAGCCGGCAGAGGAGAAGACGAAGAAAUGCAUUCUGAAGAAAGAGAAAUAGAGCGGUCUUCUGAAACACAAAGCUGCUCAGUCUUCUCAGCCAGCCCAACACAAUGACAGAAGAUUGUGUCUGCAAAUCCACUUUUUAGGUACAUCAGGGCAUCUAUGUUCCUCUACAGUCAGGUUUUAGUUACCACCCCGAGAACAUGAACAAAGUUUUCUACACUUAUUUACACUUAUAAAGAUCCUGUGAGAAUGAUUUAAUCAUGAUUAUACGCCAAACUAAAACUAGCUUACUGUAUGUGAACCAGACUGGGAGAUACUAUCUAGUUAAUGGGAAAGAGAGAAAGUCUUUUUCUGUCUCUGUCACACAGUCAUUAUCAUAAACUACCACCACUUAGGCUACGUGCACAAUGUCCCCUGUUCAAAGGCAACAAAUCAUUUUUGUGCCAUUUUAUCGUUAAUGUGCCAUGACUCUUUCAAUUAUUGUUCCAUCUCAAAGCAAUAAAAAUGUAUUUGUACCUCAUAAAUAACAGGGGUCGAGACCACUUUUAAAUUCAAAUCAUUUUAGUAAGUUAGAUGCUGAGUGAGUGAGUGACACAUCUGGGUUGAUUGACAGUUUAAAGUUUCAAUUACUUAAUUGGACAGCUACAAAUUCAUCCUUACAGUACAACUCAAAUACAAUUACUGUUAUGUCAUUGUAUUGCUACAACAUGUAGAGCUGCAACAAUUAGUCAAUUUAUCAAUUUACAGAAAA